AUGGCUCUUUCCGAAGACCCCUCGACAAGGAUGCAUUUCUCGUAUCAAACCUACACACAAAUGACCAACAUAUUGAAGCGGACCGUGGAAAGAUGCCCGCACAUCGCAAAAACGUACAGCAUUGGCCAGAGCACAGAAGGGAGGGACCUACUUGUCAUUGAGUUCUCCAAUAACCCGGGCCAACACGAGCUGCUGGAGCCAGAGAUGAAAUAUGUGGGGAACAUGCAUGGGGAUGAGGCAGUGGGGCGGCAGAUGCUGAUUUACUUGGCACAGUACUUGUGCUCUGAGUAUCUGCAGGGGAACGAGCGCAUCCAGGGCCUCGUCAACAGCACCCGCAUCCACAUCCUGCCUUCCAUGAACCCUGAUGGCUACGAGGCGGCGGUGGCGGCCCAGCAGGACAGCGGCUACACUGAUGAUGAGGGGCAGAGUGCAGCUAGAAACCUGAACAUCGGUCGAACAAACGCCCAGAACAUCGACCUGAACCGAAACUUUCCCGAUCUGACGUCCAUCGCUUACCAACGCCGCCGAAGCAAGAGAUAUCGCACUGACCACAUCCCUAUCCCAGACUUUUACUGGUUUGGUAAGGUGGCCCCUGAGACUUAUGCAGUGAUGAAGUGGCUGCGCUCUAUCCCAUUCGUCCUCUCUGCCAGCUUCCACGGAGGGGACCUGGUGGUGUCCUACCCCUACGACCUGUCCAAGCACCCACUGGAACACAGCAUGCUCUGCCCCACACCGGAUGAUAAAAUAUUUAAGUUUAUUUCUAAAAUCUACGCCACGUCCCAUGAACGUAUGUCCAAUGAAAACGCACAGUGUGGAUCAUCUCGAAGAGGAAGUAAAUAUGGAAUCAUAAAUGGAGCGCUGUGGUCCAGUUUUGCAGGUGGGAUGCAGGACUUCAACUAUCUUCACACCAACUGCUUUGAGGUGACAGUGUCGCUCGGCUGCGACAAAUUCCCUCCUGAAGAAGAACUGUUCAACAGCUGGCACGAAAACACGGAGGCUUUACUCGCAUUUAUCGAGGCCGCUCAUCGUGGGAUCAAGGGCGUUGUCACAGACGAAGAGGGAAACGUGAUCAAAGGAGCUCGCGUUUCAGUCCGAGGAAUCAGACAUGACAUAAGCACAGGUGAAAAUGGAGAGUACUGGCGCCUGCUUACCCCGGGCAUCCACAUCGUCUCAGCCCACGCUCCAGGCUUCGUUCGGGCCGUGAAGAAGGUGCAUCUGCCCCCCAACAUGCACACGGCCGGCCGGGUGGACUUCAGCCUCCAAAAGGCCCAGGCAGGGACCACCGCUGAGGGGGAGGAGGUCGACGACUGGCUCCCCUCCAUGGGCACCUACGAGCGCUUCGACCCCUACAACCAGUACCAGCGCUACGCCUCCAGACCCACGGACUCCAGUGAGAGCCGCGAGACGAGACUGGAGAAGCCCUGGUGGUGGGAGUACUUCAUGAUGCCCGGUGGACCCCCCCCAACAUGGCUUCUGAAACUUUAG